GCCGCCCAAACAGACUUCAGGGGACAGCACCAGUCACAGCACGUGUCUUCCAUAGCGGCAAGAUGGCGGAGCUCUCGGCCACGGAAAUGAGAAGAGUUAUAGCGGGGAUUCUUGAAGGAGCCGACCUGACCACGCUAUCAUCAAAGAAGAUACGCAAGUAUUUGGAAGAGAAGUACAACACUGACUUUACCGAUAGGAAAAAGGAAAUCGACAAUGUUGUCAUGGAGUUGGUCACCGCACAACAGGAGAAGGAAGCCAGCAAUGGAAAGAGUUAUGACUCCGAGGCCAAUUCUUCAGACAGCGAGACUGUUACUGCCCCCAAACGAGCCAAAGUGUCCGAACAUUCUGUGCCCAAGCAAGAGAGCAUCAAGAAGAAGGAGAAGCAGGAUGACAGCGACGAAGAGGACGACGAGGAGCUGGCUAGGAAGCUGCACGACGAAGAGAUCCGCAGCCGUAGCCGAGCAGUCAAGAAGCCGUCGAAGAAGGGCACAAAGAAGGAACCCAAGCCAGCAAAGACCACGGGUGCCAAGAGAGAGUCCAGUUACUCCCGGAAGUGCGCCCUGUCCGCGGAACUGUCUGUCGUCGUCGGAGCCGAACAGAUGGCAAGGCAUGAUGUCGUAAAGAAGAUGUGGGAAAUAUUUCGCGAGAGAAAUCUCGUGGAUCCUUCAAAUAAGCAGUUUGCAUUUUGUGACGAGCAGCUUCACAAAGUGUUUGGUCAGAAACGUGUCCGCAUGUUCGGGAUGAUGAAGUACCUGAAGAACCACAUCAAGGACAUCAAGUGAAGUUGUGGUGAUUUGUUUCGAAGAGAGAGCAGUGUGUCUCAAGAAGAAGCACAAACUUUUGCUGUGUCUCUCCUCUUCCCCCUCCUCCUCCUAGAGGCCUGCUUGACACGGAAUUCCCCCCGUCUCUUGUGCCGUGCGACAGCCACCUGACGGGCGGUCGGAGUUACUUGUCGGACCAGACUGGAAAUCUCUGCUGUCCCUCCCCCCAAAACGCCUCCCCCUUGAACCACGAGUGUGAGCUCUGGCUUCAGUGUUUCAAUAAAUCUUUUCCAGGUUUUAAGGGAUGCCUGGCACCGGAGUGCCAAAUAGUGAAAUAAAAUUUGCGUAUGCUGGUGACACGCAAGUGCUAAGCAA